AUGGCUGACGGCGAAGAGGACUUCUCCUCCUUGCCUCUGGAGGAGCGCUUCGCUCAUAAGAUCUGGAAAGUUCGCAAGGAAGCAUACGGGGUUGCUAAAACAACAUUCGAAAACACCGCCGAUGAAUCAGACCCGGCCUUCGUGCCAUUCCUACAAAACCCCGACUUGUGGAAAGGGGUGGUCACAGAUUCCCAUGUCGCCGCACAAGCCGAUGGUCUUGCAGCAUACUGCGCGUUCCUCAAGUUUGGAGGAGCCCAGGCGUGUAUAAGGACCCGUGGAUCUACGAUUAAUUCAAUCGGCGAGAAAUGUCUGCCCGCGCCAAAAGCCAAACCCGGUGCUAUAGAGGCGAUCUUGUUAUUCGUGAAAUUCGACAAGGCCGAUCCCGUGUUCGAGGCAUUCGUGCCCCAAGUCUCACACAAACUGCCUAAAAUGGUCGCCGCUACAUUCUCUGCCUUCACUGCCAUACAUCACAACUAUGGAUGCAAGACCGUCGACCCGAAGCAGACAUUAAAGACGCUACCAAUCGGAUUUGCCCAUGCCGAUAAGAAUGUCCGUGCUGAAGUACAAAACCUUGCAGUUGAGCUUUACCGGUGGCUCGGAGAGGCCAUCAAGUCUUUCUUCUGGGCUGGCCUUAAGCCCUCUCAGCAAGCCGAUUUGGAAAAGCUGUUCGAGAAGGUGAAACAGGAUCCAUCACCGCAGCAAAUAAUGCUCACCGCAGCACAAGAAUAUGCCUUGGCCAGCGCACCUGCCGCCGAAGAAGGUGGAGACGCUACCGGCGAGGGCUUUGAUGAUGAGGCCGAGGAAGAAGAGGUUGAUGGAUACAAUUUAGCAGAUCCGGUCGAUGUUAUGCCGAAAAUUCCCAAGGACUUCCAGGACCAAAUGGCCUCCAAGAAAUGGCAAGAACGCGUGGAAGCGUUGGAAGCUCUUCACAAGGCUAUCGAUGUUUUCAGGAUCAAACCAGGUCCCUUCGAUGACAUUGUGCAGACCUUGGCCGCGAAUGUCAGCAACGUCAAUAUCAAAGUCAUGAGUGGAGCUGCGAACUGUAUCAGCAAAUUGGCCAGUGGUCUCCGCGGUGGCUUCCUCGCAAAGUACCGUGGUGAGGUCAUGAAGCCUCUCUUUUCUCGUCUGAAGGAAGUAGGUGAAAAAGCAAAGCCUUGUUUUGGCGCUUUGGUAGCCGUCUUCGAAACUGCCACGCUUUCGGAUUGUUUAGAAACAAUUCUUGAAUACAUCAAGGAUAAGAAUCCACGAAUCAAGCAGGGUACAGCCGACUUCCUGGUUCACUGCUUGGAAAAAACCAAAACCGUACCAUCCAAGGCAGAACAGAAAGAGAUCGCCGACGCAGGCGGAAAACUCCUGACUGAUUCGGCUCCGGCAACCCGUGAAGGAGCUGCUAAAAUUUUGGGCACUUUAAUGAAGAUCGCGGGCGAACGAGCUACCUACGCGUAUCUUACCGGCGUGGACAAGCUUGACAAGUACAAACCGAAGAUCGCCGAAUACCAUGAAACUGCAAAGGUGCUUGCCAAAGAGCGCCCCAAGCCUAUAGUGGCACCCCCAAAGCCUGCGGCUCCAGCUGGCAAAAAGGUUGUUGGCAAGAAGCCAGCCUUGGGAAUGAAGAAACCGGCUCCUGCGGCUGCUGCACCUCCAGCACCCGAGUCUCCAGCUAAGCCUGCGCCCAGAGCUUUACCUUCGAAGCUCGGCGGUGUCCCCAAACCUGGCGGCCUCCCUACUCCUGGGGCUGGUCUCAAGCUUCAAAGAAAGUUGGCUGGCCCAGGAAGCACUGCUUCGCCAUCGAGACGACUCGCUGAGCCCCCAUCAGAAGAUAGCGCACCCCCGCCAGCUGCCCCCAAAUUUGGCCUUGGUCGCGGUCUAGCUGGACGCCCCAUUGCGAAGCCUUCAGCCCCUGCUGAGCCCGCCCCAAGUCCAGUUUCCCCCGCAAUGAACGCAAUGGCUGCCGCUGACCGUGCUGAGCUGGAGGAACUUCGUAUGGAGAAGGAGAACUCUAGCCGAACAAUCGAAGAUAUGAUGUCAGAGCGCUCGAGGCUUAAUUCAACAAUCACUGAGUUGCAAAACCAGAAUGCACAGCUAAUCGAAGACCACACGCGAGAUGUUCUGGGUAUCAAGGCCAAGGAAACUCAGUUGGUCCGGGCACGAAGUGAUGCUGAAGCUGCAGAGGCGAACGUCCAAAAACAACAAAGAGAGAUCGAACGCCUGAAGCGUGAAUUGGCACGAGCACUUCGUUCAUCUGCCAUGAGCCCACCAAACGCAACAUCUGAAAAUGGCAGCAUUGGUAUUCCAGAGACCUCUUCGAUUUACCAAGAACCCAUGGGAAGCGCACACACCUUUGCACGAAACGGGCUUCACGCCGGAUCCCGCUUCGAAAGCGCCCGCUCUCGCAGCAUCGUAUCUGCUAGUCCAAGCGAAGAGAAAGAGAACACUGGCCUAGAGUCCCCCGGGUUUGGCAGUCGAGAAGGCCUCGGCCGACGCAAGUUGAGCCCUACAUAUGGCUACUCGGGCAUCGGCAGUCCGACACGCUCGUCCGCCCGGAACUCCAAUACCAAUAUCGCAGAAGAUGACCAAUACCAACCCAGGUCUUCUGAGCCUGCUGAGAACUGGAAGCGUGCGGCUGAAGUCACCAGCCAACUUAAGGCGAGAAUUGAACAAAUGAAGGUACGACAAGGGCUUUCACGACAACCCGCCCAACGUUAA